GUGACAAAUUACUUCUACGUUGCUUGCCAGUUUAACGCAUCACCAUCCUAAUUCUUUUUGGAGCAUCGCGACUAUCUCCUACUGAGGAAAAAGCCACCAACUGAAGACACAAAGUUCGACAGCCAUCGGAAACUAUUGUAAAGCAGCAAGCCACAAGGGAAAAACAAAAAAAAGCCCCUAGAGUCAAGUACUGAGAGAAAGAGACAGAUAAAAGUGACUCGUAAACUCGAAUACACUCGACCAGAACAACAUUUGAGAUCACACAGUCGGAGACGCAUCUACGAACUACCACGUUCCACGAAGUCAAAGCUCUGACCGACGAGUCUCAGCAGCCCUCAUCUCGAGGCGCAAGCCCAUAAACAACAUCUUCUUCGCCUUGUCUUCGACACUAGGUUUUCACUUGUUGCAUCACGAACAACAUGGUCAAAGAAACCAAGCUCUACGAAACCCUGGGUGUUGCACCCGAUGCCACAGAACAACAGCUCAAGAAGGCAUACAAGGUGAAUGCACUCAAGUUCCACCCAGACAAGAACGCCAACAAUCCCGAGGCCGAGCAAAAGUUCAAGGAGGUUUCACACGCGUAUGAGAUUCUCAGCGAUCCGCAGAAGAGGCAAGUCUACGACCAAUAUGGCGAGGCUGGCUUGGACGGUAGCGGCGGUGGCGGUGGCAUGGCGGCUGAGGACCUGUUUGCCCAAUUCUUUGGUGGCGGCGGCUUUGGCGGCGGCCUAGGCGGCAUGUUCGGAGGAGGAGCACAACGUGGACCGCCAAAGGCCCGCACCAUCCACCACACCCACAAGGUCUCGCUCGAGGACAUCUUCCGCGGCAAGAUCUCCAAGCUCGCCCUGCAGCGGUCCAUUCUCUGCCCCAAGUGUGACGGUCGUGGAGGCAAGGAGGGUGCCGUCAGGCGCUGCCACGGCUGCGAUGGUCACGGUAUGAAGACCAUGAUGCGCCAGAUGGGUCCCAUGAUCCAGCGCUUCCAGACUGCCUGCCCCGACUGUAACGGUGAGGGAGAGAUCAUCAACCCCAAGGACAGGUGCAAGGGUUGCAACGGCAAGAAGACCAUUGUGGACCGGAAAGUGCUCCACGUGCACGUCGACCGUGGUGUUAGGAGCGGCACACGUAUCGAGUUCAAGGGCGAGGGUGACCAAGCACCCGGGCUGGAGGCCGGCGACGUCGUGUUUGAGAUUGAGCAGAAGCCGCACGCGCGGUUUACCCGAAAGGAGGACGACCUUCUUUACAAUGCCGACAUCGAGCUUGUCACCGCCUUGGCUGGUGGCACCAUCUUCGUCGAGCACCUGGACGACAGGUGGCUCAGCAUUGAGAUCCUGCCCGGAGAGGCCAUUGCACCAGGGGCUGUCAAGAUGGUACGUGGCCAGGGUAUGCCUUCACCCCGUCACCACGACAUGGGCAACCUUUACAUCCAGUUCAACGUCAAGUUCCCCGAGAAGAACUGGACUCAGGACCCGGCAGCAUUCGAGGCCCUCACCAAGUUGCUGCCAGCGCCGUCUUUGCAGACCAUUCCUCCGCCGGACGCUAUGACGGAGCCUGUCGACUUGGAAGAUCCCGAUGGACAGGCUGGUGCCAGGGCUUUCGGUUCCGGCCCCAUGUCGGACGAAGAAGACGAGGAUGGACACCCUCACGGUGCUGAGCGUGUCCAGUGUGCAUCACAGUAAGCACAUGGGCGUGGGUAACGGUUGAUACUCGCUGGAAGUAGUCGAGGAGUUUUGAGCUCCUAAUGAAAUGGUCUUAUUACCCCAUGAUCGCUUGAGGGCUCAUCAUCAAUCAAUGUUGCUACAAGCUAUGGGUAAAUGACAGUCGGGUAGCCGGUAUUACGGCAGAUGGAUUGCAAACGAGACCAUAAUAAUGAUGAUGGGGAAGGGGGCAUAGGGAGUGUCAACUCCAGGCGGAGUUAGGAUGUUUAUGGAGCUAUGAGAUAUACGAGAGGCGCGGGAAACUUUGCUUAGAUAUGCCCUCCAGGUGGAAGAGGUUAUAUCCGUAAGCUUCUUUUUUUUUUUUUUUUGCAUGGAAUCAAGAGACCCUGUAUUUUUUCUUAGUUCUUGGGUUUCUUUUUUCUUUUUUUCCCUUUUUUUCCCACCGGAACCUUACUUGCCCCAUGUCUCCUCC